UACUGACUGUACAUAAUAUAACUGGCUUUAAACAAAAAAGUAUUUUACAUGGUACUCUGGAUCAGACAUAUGAUUAUGACAACUUGUCAAAUCUUUUAACUUUUGCAGUUUCUUGAUCUGUCCUAUACAUAAAUAAAGAAAUAAAUUUAAUAAUACAAUAGUAGUUUUAUAGUUUUAAACACAAUGUCUAAGCAGUGCUACUCAGAAAUUGAGUGCAAAAUCAUCAAGGCCCAGAUUGAGAGGCGGGCCAAAUACCGGAAAGAGUUCUUGAAGGCUAGGACUGACCCUUGUAAGCACUCUCAAGAGGCUGGAUAUGUUUUCGAUGAAGCAAUGCAGAGGUUCAUGACAUUGAAAUGCUACCAAACAUACUACUUCCAACCAUGUAUGCAAGCAGCCAUUAAGGGCAUUUUAUGUAUUGCACCUAUGUUCAUUUAUGGGUACAUAAUAUGGGAGAGCAGAAACAAGUUUGAAACUGCCUGUCGGUGCGGUAGUCUGAGGUAUCGUGAUAGACUUUUCAAAUUACAAUAAAAAUGUAGUCAUUUAUUAUGCUUUGAUGAUUAAAAAAUAUUUUAUUGCUAUUGAAUUUCAUCUUUCAAUUAUUACAAAAAUCUUAAUGCUAAAACUGUAGGCUACUGAGACUAUAAAA